ACUCAUUCUUACCUCAGCAUUCUUCAUCAUUGCUAAAAGAAUUGGUUUUAGAUGGAGAGUGUCAAUCUAUUCAUCACAGCCCUACUCCUUGUGGGGUUAUUUUCCUCUAAGUUCCACGUAACAGAUGCAGCUGCAAUUUGGUUACCAGCCACUGCAACAUUCUAUGGUGGCAGUAAUGGUUCCGGUACAAUGGGUGGAGCUUGCGGCUAUGGUGAUCUUUAUAUAGAUGGUUAUGGAUUAAAAACGGCUGCACUCAGCACAGUUUUGUUUAACAACGGCGCGGCAUGUGGAGGCUGCUAUCAGAUAGUUUGUGAUGCUCAAAAAGCUCCUCAGUGGUGUCUGGAGGGCAAUUACAUUACCAUCACCGCCACCAACUUCUGUCCUCCUAACUACGCACUUCCAAGUGACGACGGCGGUUGGUGUAAUCCUCCUCGUCAACACUUCGAUAUGUCUCAACCCGCAUUCGAGACCAUCGCCAUAUAUAGAGCUGGAAUUGUUCCGAUCCUAUACAGGAAGGUUAGAUGCAGAAGAAGUGGUGGCAUUAGAUUCACCGUGAACGGGAGGGAUUAUUUUGAGCUGGUGCUUGUAUCGAAUGUAGGUGGUGCUGGAGACAUUUCCAUGGUUUGGAUAAAGGGUUCUAAAACAAAUAAAUGGGAAACCAUGUCCAGGAACUGGGGAGCCAAUUGGCAGAGCUUUAGCUAUCUGAAUGAUCAGAGCUUAUCAUUUAGAGUCCAAGUCAGCAAUGGAAGGAUUCGAACAGCUUUCAAUGUGAUGCCUUCUAAUUGGCAAUUUGGCCAGUCCUUCAGAAGCAAAGUUCAGUUUUAGAUAAG